AGGCGCGGCGCGGCGCAGCGCCGGUAGGAGAGCGAUGGUGGCGGCGUGAGGCGCGCUGCGAGCCGCGCUGUCUGCCCGGCCGGCGCGGAGAGCGGCGGGGGAGCGGUGCUCGCCAUGAGGCUGCGGGAGGAUGGGGACAGCCGCAGGGCGCUGCCGGCGGAGGGGCUGCUGCAGUAAUGGGCAGCGGCAGCGCUGACUCUCGCCUGCCGUGUGGUGCCAGCGCGCCCGCCCGGCGGGACCGCCCGCGAGGAGCCGGCGGCAGUCCUGCAGUCUUCCCUUCAUCUACUGUGUGAAGAAUGAUGAUUCCAUGAGAGAACUUCCUUUCCAUUACCUGUCUACUGCUACUGCAUGCUGCUCCUGGCCAGUGAUGAGCCAUUCUGCUAGACUGGGAUUUACCCUGAGGAGGGGAGAGGCAGAAUAUGAAUUGUAGACAUCCCGUCAAGUUCCUCACACACUCUUUUUACUGUGUCUGUAUAUAAAUCUGCUAGUAUCAAGCACACACGCUCUUUGAAACCUACAUUGGUAUUCACACAGCUUCUGCUGUCUAAGAGGACUGGUAUUUCUCACCAUCAUGGCUUCAGUUUGGAAAAGACUGCAGCGUGUUGGGAAACAUGCAUCCAAGUUCCAGUUUGUGGCCUCUUACCAGGAAUUGAUGGUUGAGUGCACAAAAAAAUGGCAGCCAGAUAAACUAGUGGUGGUUUGGACAAGAAGAAGCAGAAGAAAAUCCUCUAAGGCACACAGCUGGCAGCCUGGCAUCAAGAACCCAUACCGUGGGGUGGUGGUGUGGCCUGUACCUGAAAAUGUUGAAAUUACUGUGACUCUCUUCAAGGAUCCCCACGCUGAAGAGUUUGAAGACAAGGAAUGGAUGUUUGUCAUAGAGAAUGAAUCUCCUUCUGGACGUAGAAAAGCGCUUGCCACCAGCAGCAUCAACAUGAAGCAAUAUGCCAGCCCCAUGCCUACACAGACAGAUGUCAGGUUAAAAUUCAAGCCUUUGUCUAAGAAAGUGGUAUCUGCCACACUACAGUUCUCCUUAUCUUGUAUUUUCCUGAGGGAAGGAAAAGCCACGGAUGAAGACAUGCAAAGCCUGGCUAGUUUGAUGAGUAUGAAACAAGCUGAUAUUGGUAACCUAGAUGAUUUUGAGGAAGACAAUGAAGAAGAUGAAGAAAACAGAGUGAAUCAAGAGGAAAAGGCUGCAAAAAUUACAGAAAUUGUAAACCAGUUGAAUGCUCUGAGCAGCUUAGAUGAAGAUCAAGAUGACUGCAUAAAGCGAGCAAAUAUGCCUUCAGCUAAAUCAGCCAGUUCCUCUGAAGAGCUUAUCAAUAAGCUUAAUUUUCUGGAUGAAGGGGAGCAAGACCUGGCCAACUCUAGCACGAACCCUUUUGGUGAUCCUGACGCAGCAGAAUUAAAUCCAUUUGGAGACCCCGAUGUAGAAGAACUUCACACUGAAAUGGCUUCGUCUUCAAAGCCAGAAGAAAGUUCCUGUGCUGACAGUUACAAUCCCUUCAAGGAUGAAGAUACCCCGGAGUACUUAAACCCAUUUGAUGAGCCAGAUCAUGCACCCAAAGCACCUGGAAGCGUAAGAGAUUCUCCUCCACAACCUGCAAAAAGGAAAAACGUCAGGCCAGUGGAUAUGAGCAAAUACCUCUAUGCAGAUACCUCUAAAGCUGAGGAGGAAGAGCUGGAUGAAUCAAAUCCAUUUUAUGAACCAAAAUCAAGUCCUGCUUUAAUUAAAGUUGCUCGGCAAGAACCAGAGAAGAAGAUGAAAAGAAAGGCUCCUGAACCCCCAAACCUCUUGCCAAAGACGGAGAUGGGCAUGGGUGAGAACAUGUCAGCAAUUCCUGCAUCGAGGGAGCUUUCCUCCUCUCCUAAGCCAAGCCCAAUACCAAGUCCUGUUUUGGGGAGAAAGCCAAACGCUAGUCAGUCAUUGCUCGUGUGGUGCAAAGAAGUUACAAAAAACUAUAGGGGAGUGAAAAUCACCAAUUUUACCACGUCGUGGAGAAAUGGCUUAUCCUUUUGUGCAAUAUUACAUCACUUUAGACCAGACCUAAUUGACUACAAGUCCCUGAAUCCUCAAGAUAUUAAAGAGAACAACAAAAAGGCAUACGACGGGUUUGCCAGCUUGGGAAUAUCACGAUUGCUGGAGCCUUCAGACAUGGUUUUGUUAGCCAUCCCUGACAAACUCACUGUUAUGACCUAUCUCUAUCAGAUAAGGGCACAUUUCUGUGGCCAGGAAUUGAACGUGGUUCAGAUAGAGGAGAACAGCAGUAAAAGCACAUACAAAGUGGGGAACUACGAAACGGACACAAACAGUUCUGUCGACCAGGAAAAGUUCUACGCGGAGCUGAAUGACCUGAACCGGGAGCCCGAGCUGCACCCACCAGACAGUGGUUUGGCAGACUUUGCCUCUCAGGAUGACUCUGUGUUUGUAAACGACAGCGGUGUUGGUGAAUCUGAGAGUGAGCAUCAGACUCCUGAUGACCAUUUGAGCCCAAGCACAGCUUCCCCUUCUUCACGCAGGACUCGAAGUGACACGGAUCCACAGAAAUCCCAGCAGAGCUCUGGAAGGACUUCUGCGUCUGAAGAAAUUGGGAAGUGUAGCAGUACAGACACAACACAAGUGCAGCCUGUGUUGGGAAGGAAGAAAUUGCUGAUAACUGACACUUUAGACUUCAGUGACUUAGCACAUGUCAGUGAUCAAAAAGAGGAUAUGUCUCCCACAGUUGCUUGUGAAGAUAACAACAAGAAGAGACACCAGAGCUUAGACAGUACCCCUGGUUUCUCAGAGCAAGAAAAGCUGGGAUGGAUAGGAUCCACAGAGAGCACAAGAGCAGAUCCCAGUUCACCUGUCACAAAACCAAGUUUAUCUCCUACUUCUAAGCCUGGAUACUCCUAUAAUAUGGAUACAGAUCUUGCGAAGAAACCACAUGCUUCUCCGAGGCAAACAGAAUCUGAUUCUGACAGCGAUGCCAGAACAGCUGUAAAUCAUGCAGACCAAACUGCCAAAACAGCCCAGCAACGUAUGUUGUCAAGACAGGAGGAACUUAAAGAACGAGCAAGAGUUCUGCUUGAGCAAGCAAGAAGAGAUGCAGCUUUAAAGGCAGGGAAUAAACAACUAACCAGUACCCUCAUCCCAGCCCGCAAUAAGCAGCUGAACGACCAGCAAGAUGAAGAGCGGCGUCGGCAGCUGAGAGAGAGAGCUCGUCAGCUAAUAGCAGAAGCUCGAUCUGGAGUGAAGAUGUCAGAACUUCCCAGCUACACUGAAAUGGCUGCAGAAAAGUUGAAAGAAAGGUCAAAGGCAUCUGGAGAUGAGGAUGAGGAUGAUGAUAAUAUUGAGAUAGAUACUAAUGAGGAGGCUCCUGAAUGCUCUGUUACUGGAGGUGGAGAUGAACUUACUAACCUAGAAAAUGACCUUGAUUCAACGGCAGAACAAAACAGUAAGUUGGUGGAUUUGAAGCUGAAGAAGCUCCUAGAAGCUCAGCCACAGGUGGCAAAUUCACUCUCCAGUGCUGCUCAGAAAACUGUAACAGAUAGCUCAGAGCAAGACAUAAAGCAGAAUGGAACAGAGGAACAUCGUGCUGAGCGAUCACAAAAAGCAGCAGAAUGGUUUAGAAAUCCCGUUGUGUUCAGCAAGGACUCGACUGUCAGGAAAACUCAGCUCCAGUCUUUCAGUCAAUACGUGGAGAGCAGACCAGAGAUGAAAAGGCAGAGAUCAAUACAGGAAGAUACAAAGAGAGGAAAUGAGGAGAAGGCUGCGAUAGCUGAGACUCAGAGGAAGCCAUCAGAAGAUGAAGUGCUUAAUAAAGGGUUCAAAGACACCAGUCAGUAUGUUGUAGGAGAAUUGGCAGCACUAGAGAAUGAGCAAAAGCAAAUUGACACCCGUGCCGCGCUGGUGGAGAAGCGCCUUCGCUAUCUCAUGGACACAGGAAGAAAAACAGAGGAAAAAAGAAACAAUUCUGGAUCUCCACAAGUUGGCUGAUGUGACCCUGUGCCACCUACCAGUGUGCUGGCUGUGACCCAGGACGUGAUACUCCAACAAGCUGAAAGAGAUGGCUGUCUCUGCUUUCUUUUGGCCUCCCAAGACAGCUGCCUGGUAGGGACCAAAUGGCAGGGAAGAGGAAUAUCUGCCUCACACCUGCUUUCUCCAAACUGCCUGCCACAAUGCCACCGUGCCCACCAGGCUCCCCUGGGAGGCAAUCCCAUCUCUGGCCCUCUCUCCAUGGAAUACCAGGACAGGAUAGUUAAGAUAGUUUUCUCUUCUUCAAAACAUCAUUAGGAUUGAAAAAAUGAAUCUCUUGCUUGCACAUUUUGCAUAAAUACAUGGUAAGUUAUCAAUUGAUGUUCAAAUAGCUUAAUUGAGUUUGAGGGGGGAAAGGUCAUUUAAUUGGUCUAUUGAAAUGUUAACAGAAACAGAUAUGGCAAGGGAUAGACUUUAAUGGCUGCAGUGUGGCACUGAUGUCUGCAUUCACUUGCAAAAUUGUUAAUUAGGGCACUUUGGUAGUUCAUUUGCUUUUGUAUUGAUGUGCUUAGUCCAACGAGAAAAAUUGGUAUUUACAUGGGGCAGCAGAGGUUCACCAUACAGUCGGGAAUGAGGAAAAUAUAGUGUAAAUCAGAACUGGGUUAUGAUUUGUGACAGUGUCUUCAUUAACAUCCUGCUGGUUAUGGCAGUCAUUUUCUAGUGGGUAAUGUAUUUUUGCACGUGAUUAAGUUUGAUAUGUUUGGUUUCACUUUUUUUUAAUCAUUGUAGUUGUGCACUUGAAUGAUAUAAUAAUGAUUUUUUUUAAAUUAGGCAUACAAAGCUUUUUUAGGCUAGAUUAGAACAAAAUGUACAGCAAAACAGGGAAUUACAUAUCUGUGUUCGAUGAGCCCUGGAAGAAGGUGUUAUCUCCUUAAAUGCAUACCAAAAGAAUAUAUUCAGUUGCAAUUCCUGGCCCACAGUCAUCAGAGCCAGUGAAAUUACAAAACCACUCCUUAGUACUGCUUUAGUUCCAUCGAGCCUCCCUUACAGAACAUAAACCUUUAAGGUUUUGGCAUUUUGUGUGUGGGAAUGGCAAAAUUGCAUGGAGUGUCCACUAGCAUUUUUUGAGGGCAGUAAUUGCAGGGAUUAAUCCGGGUACUGUUUCCUAAUAGACUUGCUGGAUGCAAAGCUUUCUAUUUGCCUUGGCUGGAAGAAGGCCGGAUUGAGUACAGUUUAUAAUAAUACACUAUACCCUAGGUACUUUGUAUAAACAGAGGCAGCAAGAAAAAAAAGGGGAAAUGCAAGUGGCUAUGAAUCAUCACUUUUACACCAGGCAUCCUCCUUGUCCUACCAGAACAAGCUGGGAGAGGACAUUUUGCAGCAAGUAA